AUGAUUGUAGUUGUAAUACUUUGGGCAACCGCCAUAUUGUCACUUCCAUAUUCAGGAUCAUGUGAUUCAUGUGGAAAAGAAUGUCAAUCAGCUUGUGGUACAAGAGGAUUCAGAGCUUGUUGUUUAAAUUAUUUAAAAAAAAGAAGCAGCACACCAUUAUCAAUGGGAUCAGAAAUGCGCCUUGAACUCAUGAUGGUAAUCAUUAAUUAA